UCAGGCAUACAGUACAGUAGUAGUGGCGAAGAAGGAAGGCCUCCCUGAAUACUGGGAGUUAGAGCCAACAGAACUUCCCAAUUCCUCCUGUCCGUACUAGAUCUGAUGCUGCUCGGAGCGGUGUUUCUUGUCCUGUUGUGGAAGUGAGUGUUUGCACAACUUAAUUAUGUACCGGUCCUCAAUACAAUCAAUGUUUAUUUGUGUUUUCUAGCACAUUGUUGUAGAAGCCAGUUGGUUUGACGCGCGAAAGAAUGGUGUUAGUUGGAAGCGAGAAAACUUACACAAACCUAUAGCGAUUGUCCUUUUAAGAAGGCCAGCUUGCUACGAAUAGAGGAAUAUCCGCGAGCAGAGACCAACGGGAAGUGCGGGUAGGUGAAAUUUUUCUGAAGUUAGCUUUAUUCAUAUCUAAAUGAUCAGAAGCGAUACUAUACUCAAAAAAGAAACGGCGACCUCCUCGUUUUCCUGUAUCCGAUUAUGUUGAAGUCAGUCAACUUACAUAGAUGCCUUUCUUGGAACAACCUUUUUGUUCCGAAGCAUAGAUGUUAAUACGGUGUAGUUCGUUUACGCGAAAAUUCGCAAACGUUGCGCCGACAAUUAUUGAAUAAGUAAAGCUAGAUUUGUCGCAUUUUAGAAUCACUAUGAAUUGUUCAUGUGAUAUAUAAAACGAUAUACAGUGAAUAAUCAAACUAUGCGCUCAGUAUCGUUCCUGUUAUUAAUCAUGUAAAAUAAGCAUACACAUCACUAUUUCUCUCACACCUGCCCCAAAUCGCUCAAAGGUAGUAAAUUUAUAGGUUAAAACAUGCUGUUUGAAUAUCGAAUUUACUGAUAAUGAAUUGUAGCUUCUGCCUACACACGAAUAGUACAAAGACCAGUUCGUUUUUUGUUUCUUUGCAUUAGCAAUAGUACUAUCGUUCAAUAGAAGCUAUAAUUUAAUAUUAUUUCUUAGUAUGUCCAAUUUUGAUAUGUCCAUUCUACUACAAAAUAUUUUUGUUUUUGCGCAAGAGAUAGAACUAGCCUAAUCGAAGUAUACAAAAGCUAACUUUUUCUUCUUCGGUUAUUUAAAACGUACGACCGCGUACCAAAUAACAUCAUAUAAUACAAAGUCUUAUAUGUAGAAAUCCGUUGCACUUUUUCUAUAUGCAAACAGCGCCCCUACUCUAAAAUAAAGCAGCCUACUUGGUGAAGUCUUAGGGCAUUUCUUGAGGAUUCUGCCACCAUGAUAAAGUUGGUAUUAAGGAUAUAUUCGAUAAAUUUCAUAUGAAAAGGAUACAUUGUAGUUUGAUAUUUCAUUUUAGCAUUAAUGUCACACUGUUACUAGAGAGAGACAACCACGUCACGACAGUUAAAAAUCUGAGCUAAUUUUUGGGGGUUUGCUUUACUUUUUUAUUUGUGGUUUAUUUGAAGUUCUGAUAGACAGUUUGAAAUUUAAUCUAUCGUGCUAAUUUAAUAGCGCUUUAGGAAUUGUUGUAACUAACUAAACACAAAAUUGGUUAUAGUUAGUUCACAGUGGAAAGAGGUACGUCUACAGUUGGGGAAAAUCACUUGACAAUGUGGAAGAGAAUAGUUUAUAGCUACAGGCUAAUUGAAUUGGACCUUUACUUUUUUAUAUUUGGUCGUCUACUUUUCUUGUAAAGGUGAGUCCUUUCCCAUUGUAAGCUAGCAUUCACUGUGUAAACUAGAAAUGUAAAUAUAAAAAGCUAAGAAUGUAAUACAGUUUCAAUCUAUUGAACGCCCGUGCAUUAAAAAUUUGUUACAAUCUUAAAAAAACAUUGUCUACCAAAGGUAAAAAAGUCCCACUUUGUUCUUUUCUUUAGUCAUAUGUUCUAAACUGCAACGUUUCCUCGCCCAUUUUUCAGCUGUAGGAAAACUGCUCUAUACUUUCGGAGGCGCUAUCUGAGUUUAAGGCGGUUUCAGAAUUUCUCAUUGCCGUUGACAAUAUAUACAGAUGGACAAAGAGAAAAACUCCUCAGAUAGUCGAGACAGCGAAACUCCUGACAAAUCUUUAACGGAAACACACGGCAACAGCGGCGAUGCAAAACAACAGUGCGAGGACGACGAUCAACAAGUUUGUAACGUUGAACAGAAGGAACGAGGUACCAAAGAUGACGUGAAGAAAAUUGACGAUGCCGUUCGAAAGAACGGAGGAGAAACCUCAUCAUCGGCUGAGAAUUUGAUUGAAAGUGGCGCUGAGAAAAACGUCAGUACGAACGAAGGUCAUGAUAAAAUUGAAGAGGUCACAAAAAAAAUGGAAAUCAAAUCUACUGGUAACACUGAGGUUAAAAUGGAACAGAGUCGAACUGAUGGAGAUGGAAGUAAUGCGAGAGGCGCCGAGGAUAAACUGAAGAGUGCACCAAAAGACAAAUCGUCAGAUCAGGCAAACUGUGCUACAGAAAACUCAACUAGCUUUAAAGAAGAUGAAGCACAAGUCUCCACUGGCUCCGCGACGGAUACUCCCGCCGUUAGCGGCAAUAGUAUAAAACCGAAGACAGCCGAAGACAAGCAGUUCGAGGAGAAUGUCAAGUUCCUUUACAGAAGCCAUCAGCGGGAGCCUGGCAAACGCAGGGUGAAGCCGAACCUUCAGCUUCUGGAGAUGGACUUGAAUAUCCCCGAAGAAGAUUCCGAGGAUGACUCAGAUUACAAAGUCGAGGGAGACGAAGAUGGAGACAACAGCGAUCCUGGUUCAGAAGCAGGUCCAGAUGAGGAUGAAACAGCGGAGGAAAAUUCAACCGAUACAGAUAGCGGUGAUGAUGAUAGCGACGAGAAUGCCAGCGACGAACCUGAUGGUGGUACGCUCGACAUGAAAAAGCAUAAGGAAAAGAAAGCAAAAAAGCGAGAGAAAGGUGGAAAAGAAAAUCAUACGGCGAAGGAGAACGGCCAGCCACAGACGGCGCUGGAUAAAGCAAAACUGAUUGCAGAGAAAGCCUUGGAUCUCAACGGUGCUGCAGGAACAGCUGUGAAAAUUCUCGUAUGCAACAUUUGUCUUGGCGAUCGUUCAGCAGAGAGUGACGAGAUCGUAGAGUGCGAUAGCUGUGGUGUGACUGUGCACGAGGGUUGCUACGGGGUAUCAGAUAGUGAUUCGGUCCUGUCGACAGGAAGUUCUGCAUCCACUGAGCCUUGGUUCUGUGACAGCUGCAAGGCCGGGGUGCUAGCACCUAACUGUGAGCUAUGUCCUAACACAGGGGGCAUUUUUAAAGAAACCGAUGCCGGUCGAUGGGUGCACCUGGUAUGUGCACUCUAUACCCCUGGCUGUGCGUUUGGCUCGGUGGAAAAGUUGACUCCGGUCACUUUGUUUGAAAUGCAGUAUUCGAAAUGGGGCCAGCGGGCAUGUCAUCUGUGUGAAGAUGCGAUGAUGGCUAGGACCGGCGUCACAAUUAGUUGCGACGCCGGUAUGUGCCGUAUUAGUUUUCAUGUCACCUGUGCUCAACGGAUGGGCCUCUUAUCCGAUGCUAAUCCCGAAUACAUUGCUGAUCCGUUCUAUGCUCAUUGCAAGGUGCACGUGGACAAAAGCAAAAUGAAGGCCAAAAAGAAGAACUGGUCCAUUCUGCAACAUCAACAAAGAAUUCGCAGAGAAAAAGAACAGCGCGAAGAGGCCGAAGGACAGGAGUUAUCGAAGGAGAAGGAACGAGUUCUACGUAAACUCACAUGGCUACGAGACAGAUACGCAAGCAAUAAGGCUUCGAAACCAAAACCGUGGCUACCGACGCAGAAAAUGCCUCGUCUGUUACAUUCUUCUUCAACUGCCAUUGAAAAGUUUAGGAGAAAAGCCGAUCUAUACGGAUUAUCUCAUAUUCUAGUCGCGCCGCCUGAGGACAAACGAUGGCACGGGCAGCCUGCGUUUUCGGCGGACUUUGUUGCUUAUUUCUUAGAUCGGCAAAGACGCUUCUAUGAACUAGAGAAAAGUCUCGAAAAAAAUAUCGAUGAAAAUACAGCGCUGCGAAAACAACAAGCUCUCAUGAAUCAACUCUACGAAAAGGUAGCCGCUGCUUGCAAGAAAGAACGAGAAGAUGGCCGCUAUAUAACAGCAAAACUAAAUGCCCUCUGGUCACCUUUGAAAGAGAUUGGCGGGCUCCGUUACGAACCACGUAUUCUUGAAGAAAAAAGGCAACGAGAGCAAGAAAAAGAGAACGGAAAUGCAGUUGGCAGUGGAGACGAGCAGUUACAAAAGCAACAAAGUGCUGGAUUACACGCCGAUAGCGUGUCUCCACAGAAAAUCAUUAAGAGCUGCAAGGUGUGUGGUUCAUCUGACGAGCCGCACCAACAGCUGGAGUGCGAGCAGUGUAGAAGCUGGUUUCACCUCUUUUGUCUACAGCCUCCUCUAACACGCUUUCCCAAAAAGUCCAAAGGCGUUAACUGGCUCUGCGAGGACUGUCUCGAGGCAAAUCGCGUCCAAGCCGAAAGCGCCAAUGCACUGGUGCUCUCCUCGUCGCGAAGGUCCAGAGGCCAGUCUUCACGGUUGGCUCGGGAAACGAGCUUGGAUGCCGGCGAGGAGACUGGCUCUAGGCCGGCGCGCGGACGGCCAGCAGGAAAGAAAAGAGGACGUAAACCUGGCAGCAAAAACAAAGAUAAAAGCACCAAGGAAAAAGAAGAGGCACAGUCGGCAGCUAUUGCUGCUGUAUCAACUGAAGCAAUACCCUUGAAAGACAAAGAGUCUCGGGGUAAAGAUAAGGAAUUAAAUGCGUUAAGCGACAGGGAGCACUCCAUAGGAAGACCCGGCGCUGAUGGCGCAAAAGAAAAGGAAACUAAUAACAAGGACAAAGAUAAAGAGAACGAAAAGGAGGUCCCGCCUAGUAAUAGAGAGAGCGACGCAGAGACCGAAGAUGAUGUUGCCAUGGGCCUAGACGAAGAAGAUGAUGAGCCAUCACCUGAAAAGAAACAACCAACGAGGGGUCGAAAGAAGCGAAAAGGACCAGUACCUAAAGGAGGUCCUGGUGCAAAGCGAAAACGUGCCUCGGCUAAAGAAAAAGAAGCUGCAAAAGAAGGUGAAGAUGACGCAGACAGUGAACAGGAUGAAGAUAUGGAUGUCGAGGACAUUAAAGACGUCCAAGAUGGGGCUGCAGCACCCAAGAGGGACAAAGAUGAGCACAUAGCUGGCAAAAAAGGCGGCUCCUCGAAACGAGAUAGUGGCGGAAAUCGGGAUAAACAACACCAACAUGCGGACAACGUGGAUGAUCACAAAAAAAAAGAAGAUAAGAAAUCAAGCCCCACUAAAGAAACCGAUAAGGUUAACGAUGAUAAAGGCGCUAGUAAAGGUUCAGACGAACACGAGAAGGACACAACUGUCAAGGAGUCGCCAUCGGUUGGUGGAAAGGGUUCCGCCGGUAAGGGCUUGAGUGGUAGUAAGGAAAGCAAAGAAACAAAAGAGUUCAGUCCCAAAGAAGCCGAGAGGACUGAUACAAAGUGCGGAACAACAGGCCGUAGGGAACGUGAUAGUGCAGGCGGUACAAUGGCCGGCGGCGAUGGACGUAAGCACUGCGUCAAGUGUAACAACGCGGAAAACACAAAUCAGAUCGUCAUCUGCGACGAAUGCGGAUCAGCCGUUCAUUGGGCCUGUUUAGAUCCACCAUCGAAGAAAAAUCCCAAACCGCGCGGAUACACGUGGAAUUGUGACGAAUGUGAAGCCAAACUUGAAACGACGGAAAAUAAUGUCACAAACGGUGCUGGUCAGGCAAACAGUAAGAACGAAGCCAAGGACAAAUCAGCCAAACCAAACGCAAGCAACAAACAAGAGAACGAAACAUCAACGACAGCGGCGAUUACAGAAGCAAAAUGAUUGCACAGUAUUGUGCCAUAUAUAUAUAUAUAUAUAUAUAUAUCAGUGUAGAUCAUUCAUUAAUAUCUCGUACUCGAAAGACACUGAUAUCACGUAGAACUGAGUGAAGGGGACACGGUGGUGGAACCACGGCAUAGGCUUACAAGUCAAAGACGACAUUUCUUUGUAUAUUUUCCGUUUUUUACAUUGCCAUGUUCGCAUUUAUGGCAAAUCAGAUGUUAUUCGUAAUACUUUUAUCGUUUUAUUGAGUUUGCUCACGAGUCUCUAAACAUCCUGCAUCAUAAGCACGAACGAUGUAUAUAGAUUUAUGGGGGUUAAGGAUGAAGAGCAGGGGUCUCAAUAACAGUACACAGAAAACGACGACACACGAGAGCAUUUUUAAUUAACGUCAAGGGAUGGGCGAAAAUAGAUUUUCUUUUCACAAUCAUCAUACAUAGGUCUUCAUGUGAUUAAAAGUGGCAUCUAGUUUUUACCCUUCAUUAUAGAAACGGUGCGCACAUUUCUGAAUAACAAGCGUAGGUUUGAGUUGAUCAUCAAAUUUAAGCUCCUGAGAGUUAAUACAGACAUCACUUCUGGGUUAUAAUGAUUCUGGCAAAUAUUUCAACCUAUUAAAGUCGCACCUUACAUGAGCAGCUGUUCCUCCAAACUGAAGUGCAUAAACAGAUUAUCUUAUCGGUGUCCUAGGAGUCAACCACUACAGGCAGAUACUCUCAUAUUAAGUCAGCCAUCCCUUAUGGAUUGAAAGUGAUAGCGUACUAGAAAUAGCCAUCAGAUUUGACAAAGAAUAUGAUCUUGAGAACAAAUGAUCGCGACUGUACAGGAAGGAUGCUCUUCUGUAAAUGUUCUCACAGGACAUUCAGUAAGCUCUCCUGCACGCGUAGUAGUAAAACGCCAGGAUAUUUUAACGAAUUUGUGUAUGUAUUACCGCAUAUGUAAGGGGAGUUAAUUGAAACGUCGAGGGAUCUUAUGUUUAUAUGCUACGUACUGUAAAAAUGGUGGUAAGUCACAGAUUGCGGACGGAAUAGGUCAAUUAUUUCACAAGUUUCGGUUGUCGUUAUGUGACAGCCAGUACCACUACGUAUGUGGACUAACAAUAUGGUGUUAGAUAUGGCAAUGCUUGCAGAACCGCAAAAAUACAAUUUUUUACUCAAUAGGUUGCCGUACAUUUCCUACUGUACGCGUGUUAUUUUGUUGUGAGUAGUAUAAUAUUGAAUUUGUUUUCGGUUUACAAAUC